AUGACGCCCUCUCCAGAGAGAGACUUGGUCCUCGACUCGGCCACUGCAGGUGGCACUACCGAAUUUCAAGUCAGCAAGAAAAAGCGAUCCAACUCUGAGUUAACAGAAUAUCCUCGGAGACGUGCGACGAUCGCAUGCCAGAUAUGUCGCUUACGAAAGACUCGAUGUAACGGCGCGCGCCCGAGGUGUCAACUUUGUACAGACCUAGACGCGGACUGUGUUUACAGGGAACCAGGCAUCAAACUCGACGCUGGCGACAAACUGAUCAUUGAGAGGCUGAAUAGAAUCGAGGGUCUACUUCAGUCUACUCUGGCGGGACACACAACCCAUUUCCCGUUGUCUUCAACGUCCCCUACCACCAGCAAUGAUACGAAUGUGGGCAGCGAUGAUGCGGUCGCCAAGGCAUCCACUAUCGCCGCCAUGUCUGGGAGAACCUCCGUUGCCGGACUUGGGUCCUGGGCGAACCCACCAACGAGCAUCUCAACGAUGCCCAAGGUGCACACUACUCCCGCGCUACACCUUCUACAAUGGCCCCUUAUUCGGGACCUGGUCGCUGGUCCCUACGAUCCGCAGACGUUACUGCAGCUUGAAAUGGCCCGCGAGCCGCUUAGGUUUCCUUCCGCUGCAGGAUUCGACUUGUCCAAUACAACAACGUAUGUACAGUCUUUUUUCGAGCGGGUUAAUGUCUGGUACGCCUGUGUGAACCCAUACACUUGGACAAGCUAUUACAAUAAAGCCGUCUCUCUGGGAUUCCGAGAGGGGCCCGAAAGCUGCGUUGUCCUCUUGGUCUUGGCUCUCGGCAGCGCCAGUCACUAUGGAAGCAUCUCGUUCAUUCCUUCAGAUAUGGACCCCCCCGGACUACCUUACUUUGCAACAGCGUGGAAUCUUCUGCCAUCAGUAAUGAUGCGCAACUCUGUUCUGGCUGCUCAGUGCAUCAUCCUUGCGUCUGCCUAUUUAUUCUACCUAGUCAGGCCGUUGGAGGCUUGGACCCUCCUCUCCAAUGCUAGCAUGAAAUUACAAUUACUCUUCGGGGACCCCGCCCGUGUGCCCCUUCAGUGGAGGGAAUUGAGUGUGAGAGUGUACUGGAAUGCUCUCUUAUAUGAGAGCGACUUGCUGGCAGAGUUGGAUCUGCCUCACUCGGGCAUUGUGCACUUCGAAGAAGUUGUCGACCUUCCCGGUGGUUUCGAGGAGGAGGAGGACGAAGAAGAAGAUGAUGAAGCUGACACUGACGAUCGUCAAAACAGCUUAGUGGAGGGCUCGGUAGGCCGCGAGGAACUAUGGUAUUUCCUUGCUGAGAUCGCUCUUCGGCGACUUCUGAAUCGAGUCAGCCAUAUGAUAUACCAGAAAGAUAAUUCGCUGACUCUUGGGUCACUUGGGCCCAUUGUCUCGGAGCUGGAUUUCCAACUUUCCCAGUGGUAUGAGAGUCUCCCUCAACCAGUCCAGUUUCCCCUUAACCACACACCGAUUUCCAACCCCGUCCAGACAGUCCUCAGAUUGCGAUACUACGCGUGCCGGACAAUCAUAUACCGGCCAUACAUCUUAGCUGUCUUUGAGAAUGAGCAAGCUGCAACUGAUCAAGUAGUAAGGGAAUGCUGCCGGCGGUGCUUGGAGGCCACGCUGCGGCAGCUGGAGAAUAUUACCAGUCACCGUGAAGGCCAUCUCCCCUAUCUCUGGCAGGGCGCGCUCUCUAUGGUAUCGCAAACAUUGUUGAUCAUGGGGGCCACGAUGUCCCCCGGGCUCUCUACUUUAUUGCCUCCGGGAUUUCGAGUGGAUGCGAUAAUAUCCAGUGUGAUGGCCGAGGUUGAGAGGUACGCGCACCUUGCGCCAAGCCUCAAAUUAUCUGCAGAGAUCAUUCGCGACGCAGAGAAACGACGGCAAAUUUGUCUCAGGUCCACGAGUCGACGAGUAUAG